AUGAAUGAUGAUGAUGAUUCAUUAUCAAUUGAAUUGAAAUAUGUAAUAUGGGAUCAUGUCAGCGAGAUACAACGAGCCUUUGAAUUAGUUGCAUCAUUACAUGGUAAAAUAAAUCAUAUUUUAGCAAAAUUAACAACUAAUUCAAUUAAUGAACAAGAAGCUGUUCAACAAAUAACUCUUGAAAAUAAAAAUAUGGAGAAUUCGUUGGCAAAAAUUUUGAUUGAUUCAGCAACAACAAUCCCACAACAAACAACAUCAUCCCUAGACUCUUUAUAA